UCAACCUGGACCUUGUCCUACAUACAGUAGAAGCGACCACAAUGGCAGAUAAGGCCGUUUCAAGUUAUAUGCGACUAUUCGAUGGCGUACAGCAAUACCCAACAUUGGCGUACCUGACUCACACACCCGCAGAACCGGUGCUGUCGCUCUGCGCCGCGCAUGAGCUCUUCAGCAGCGAAGACGUGUUCCCCAAGGCGUUUGGCACCCUGGCUAAAGACCUCUGUAGAGGAAAUCUGAUCCCGAAAGGGGAUAUUGGCGAGCUCGCUGCCAGAAUUCUUUUAUAUUGCCCUCGAGUACUUGCUCUCAAGAGAAAGAGAGACGAGCAGGAGCCGCUCAGGUGCGUUCGCUUGAUCGACUGGCUGGAAAAAUUCGCCAACCAUCACAUCAAUUUCACACAUUGGCUGGUGACAAAAGCGGCUCUCCCUGAGGAAGUGACCAGCAAUUUCCUCGCCAACUUGUGGGCGAGAGGCAGCGCACUACAAUGUUCGCAUAAUCAAGAAUCGUUCGACUACGCGGUCGUCUGCUACAUCGGCUCCGUAGAGGAUGACGCUCCCUUUGACCCCACCCAGUUAACGCUUGUUUACGGCCAGGUCAAGUUCAAGGUGAAUCCGGAUUACCAGGCGCGGGACAGAAUCCGGCCCAUUGGCCUGACCGACCGGCUGAAGCGCACAGGGGAGCCGUACCUGGUCCUGUUGAUGGAGUUUGGCACGGAGACACCUUUCUCUGAUACUAAUACAUGUGUCCGGACGGGAAAGCCUGCCGGUCACUCUACUCGCCUGACAAGAUCGGCGAGUAAACAGAGCGGCAAUCGCGCAGUCGAUAAACAGCGUUGGACGCUCGAGAUGCGUGGCCGUACCGCUGAGACAUACCCUGUUCUGAAGGAACUGGGCGUCGCCGGCCUCUUCGUGGCCCUGCUCGACAGCUUCCAACCUUUGUGGGCAGACGCACUAUGCGAGGAAACCCGGCCGUGCUCUCGCUUCUAUGGCCCGCCGGUCCAGUGGAUGGUGGACUUCGUUACGGAGAAAGGAAGCGGUCUCAACCAAGAUGAUGUUGAUAUGGAAGACGGAUGAGGUGUCACUUCCGCACGUGGAGUGUAGACAUCACAAUGCACCAGUAAUUGAAUGGUGUUUGA